CAGGAGCCGUACAAGUACGAUGAGAAGACUGUUGAUGCCACAGACAACUCAGGACAUGAUACCAGUAUUGGGGAAUAUACCGACUACCAGGCCUCCCCUGAAGAGGAGCGUCGGUUGCUAUGGAAGCUGGAUUUGUUUAUGAUCCCAACGAUGGGUAUUUGCUAUAUGUUGCAAUACAUGGACAAAAUUGCACUUAGCCAAGCGACUCUUUUAAACUUGCGAGCAGAUCUUCAUCUCGUUGGCCAGGAAUAUACCUGGUGCUCGGCAGUUUUUUAUUUCGGUUACCUUGCAUGGAGUUGGCCUACUUCAUACCUGAUUGUGCGCCUUCCCUUAGGCAAAUAUCUUGCGGUAUCAGUUUUUUUGUGGGGAGGAAUUCUCAUGUGCCAUGCGGCAUGUCAGAACUAUGCAGGCCUAGUCACUGCUCGAUUUUUCCUUGGUAUUGGUGAAGCUGCUGUUGCACCGGGCUUUGGUCUCAUCACUGGAAUGUUCUACAAGAGAGAAGAGCAGCCCACUCGACAAGCAGCAUGGUUCAUCGGUAACUGCGUUGCUAACAUCAUUGGCGGUGUCGUUGCAUGGGGUAUUGGAAAUUCUCCGUCUGGUAUCCAAAGCUGGCGUCUCUUGUUUCUUGUCCUUGGAGGAAUCACUUCCGGUUACGCCAUCAUACUCUUCUUCAUUCUUCCAGACUCCCCCGCCAAGGCAUCUUUCCUCACAGAAUCUGAGCGGAAGAUUGCAGUCCAGCGAACACUGAAGAACAAAACGGGAUCUACAGGGGUGAUGGAAGCAUUCCAAUGGAGUCAAGUCUCCGAUGCUGUGAAAGACCCACAGACUUGGUUCCUGGUGCUUUACACUUUCUGCGUCAACCUUGCCAAUGGUGGGCUCACCAGCUUCUCCGCCAUCAUUAUCGCUGGCUUUGGCUACUCGAAUUUCACGUCCCUGUUGCUGCAGAUGCCUAUGGGAGCUGCGCAACUAGUAUUCCUCAUAAUCACUGCCAUCAUCGCUACAUACAUUCCAUCCUCACGCAUUUUGGCUAUGAUUUUGAACGUUACUGUGGCUGUCAUUGGUGUUGUCUUGGUCUACACCCUCGAUGACCUUCACAAGGUUGUCAAACUCGUUGGCCUGGCUUUCAUUGCGGCCUUCGCCGUCAACAUCCCACUUAGUCUAAGUAUUGUUACAUCCAAUGUCGCUGGGUCCACAAAGCGAAGCACCAUUAGUGUUGCGAUUUUUGCCGCUUACUGCGUGGGCAACAUCGUGGGGCCUCAAUUCUAUUACGCUUCUCAGGAGCCAGUAUACUCGAGCGGUAUUGAAGCAUCGUUGUGCGGAUUAACGCUUGGCGUGUUCUUUUUGGGAUGUUUGUUUGUUUACUACACCUGGGAGAACAAAAGACGAGAUCGGCAAACUGGAGUGGUAUCCGAGAGGCUUGAUUUUCACGAGCUCGUUGAGGAGCAGAAAAACAAGACCGAUAAGCAGAUAGCUAGCUUCCGCUACGCUCGUUGA